AUGAACAAAGAGGAAAAAUCAACAAUAAUAACAACAACUACUGCUACUGCUGUCAUGCCAUCUGAACAUACGAGCAUAAGACAACGACGAUCUCUUAAUGCUUGUAUGGUUCAGAACUUUUUGCUCGUUUGGCUCGACAGCAGUAUCGAUCCAGAGAACAACAAUGAUUGUAAAAAUACCAUUUCAAAAUUAAAAGAAGUAGUCAGCAGUGUCAAUACAUUCACGGAUGCGGAUGAAUGUAUAGAUUUUAUCAACGAUCUCAAACAAGACAGAGUAUUUAUGAUCGUUUCUGGUACAUUGGGACAAACUACAAUUCCCAUCAUACAUGAAAUGCUUCAGCUUAGUACAGUUUUUAUUUUUUGCGCAAACCCAGUUCGGCAUGAAGAAUGGGCUAAAAAAUGGCCAAAAAUAAAAGGAAUCUUUACAGAUAUUGCUUUGAUCUGUAAAGCUCUUCAACAAGCAGCACAAGAAUGUGAUCAAAAUAUGAUUUUAAUCAGUUUUAUCACCACUAGUAGUGAAAGCAGUAAGCAAAGCCUUGACCAAUUGGAUUCUUCAUUCAUGUACACCCAAAUAAUGAAAGAAAUUUUAUUAACUAUUAAUUUCCAACAACACCAUAUUGAUGAGUUUCUUACGUACUGUCGUGACGUUUUUGCUAACAAUCCGAAUGAACUUUAUCACGUCAACGAACUUCAACAAGAAUAUCACAAGCACCUUCCGAUUUGGUGGUAUACCUACGAUUGUUUUCUUCAUUGGAUGCUCAACCGAUCACUACGAACAAUGGAAGCCCGUAGCAUUAUUCGUAUAGGAUUUUUCAUUCGUGAUCUUCACGACCACAUCGCCAAGCUUCAUGCUCAACAGUUUGCUGGAAAAUCAACGUCAAAUUCAUUUAUUGUUUAUCGUGGUCAAGGACUGUCGAAGGCUGAUUUUGACCAAUUGAUUAAAAGCGAAGGUGGACUUUUAUCAUUUAAUAGUUUUAUAUCGACUACGAUGAACCUUCAAGUAUCUCUCGAGUUUGCCCGUAAAGCUAUGGAAUCCUCCGAUCUGAUUGGCAUUCUAUUCGUCAUGAAAAUAGAUCCAUCUAUCGCUUCAACAUCAUUUGCUGACAUUUGUGACGUUAGCUAUUGCAAACAAGAAGCAGAAAUGCUCUUCUCCAUGCAUUCCAUUUUUCGCGUUGGGUCAGCAGAACAAAUGAACGAAAAUAGUCGUCUAUGGCAAGUCAACUUAACAUUGAGCAAUGAAAAUGACCCAGAUUUGCAUGUACUUACCGAAUACACACGAGACGAAACGAAAGCAUCGAUACCAUGGCUUCGAUUAGCGAAAUUGAUGAUAAAAUUGGCUCAGUAUACCGAAGCCGAAGAUCUAUGUAAAACAUUGCUUACUCAAGGAAAGUGCCAUGACUAUGACAUAGGAAAUAUAUUUUAUCAGCUCGGAGUGAUCAAGUUUCACCUAAAAAACUAUGCAGAGGCGCUGAAAUUUUUUGAAAAAUCAUUGCAAAUUCGGCAAAAACAACUUUCAUCUCAACAUCCAGAUGUAGCAGACUGCUACAAUGACAUUGCUAUCGUGCAUGACAGCAUAGGUGAUUAUUCCAAAGCCCUUUCAUCUCAUCAAAAAGCACAGGAAAUUUACCAAACAACUCUGUAUCUAAAUCAUCCUCAAUUAGCUACUUCCUACCAUAAUAUUGGUGUUGUGUAUAACCACAUGGAUAACUAUUCGAAUGCACUUUCAUCUCAUCAAAAAGCACUGAAAAUUCGUCAAGCAACUCUUCCUUCAAACCAUCCUCAAUUGGCUACUUCUUACAGCAGUCUUGGCUCUGUGUAUGAUAAAAUGGGUGAUUAUUCAAAUGCACUUUCAUGCCAUCAAAAAGCACUGGCGAUUCGUCAAAAAGUUCUUCCUUCCAAUCAUCCAAGUUUGGCUGUUUCUUACAAUGAUAUUGCUUCCCUGUAUUACAAAAUGGGUGAUUAUACGAAUGCACUUUCACAUCAUCAAAAGACACUGGAAAUUAACCAAAAAUCUCUUCCUUUAAGUCAUUUUGAUUUGAUUGCCUCUUACAACAACAUUGCGUCCGUAUAUGACAAGAUGGGUGAUUAUCCAAAUGCACUUUCAUUUCAUCAAAAAACACUGGAAAUUCAUCAAAAAGUCCUUCCAUCAAAUCAUCCUCAAUUAGGUACUUCAUAUAACACAAUUGGUUCAGUGUACAACAACAUGGGUGAGUACAUGAAUGCGCUUUCAUACCAUCAAAAAGCAUUAGAAAUCUAUCAAAAAACUCUUCCUUCCAAUCAUCCUGAAUUAAUUACUUCUUACAAUCACAUUGGUUUGGUCUAUAACAACGUGUGUGACUAUCACGCUGCGCUUUCAUAUUAUCAAAAAUCACUAGAAAUCAACGAAAAAAUUCUUCCUUUACAACAUCCUGAUUUGACUAAUUCUUACAACACUAUUGGUUCUGUGUAUGAGAAGAUUGGUUUCUAUUUGAAUGCACUUUCGUCUUAUCAAAAAGUACUACAAAUUCAGCAAACAACUCUUCCUGCAAACAAUUCUGAAUUAGCUACUUCGUACAGCAACAUCGGCUCGGUAUAUAACAAGAUAGGCAAUUAUUCGGAUGCGCUUUCAUAUCAUCAAAAAGCACUAGAAAUCUACAAAAAAACUCUUGAUUCAAAUCAUUCGACUUUAUCUACUUCUUACAAUCACCUUGGCUGGGUUUAUUUCAACAUGGGUGACUAUUCGAAUGCACUUUCAUCUUAUCAAAAUGCAUUUGAAAUUCGUCAAAGAACUCUUCCUUCCGAUCAUCCUGAAUUAGCUACUUCUUACAACUACAUUGGUUCGGUGUAUAACAAGAUGCACGACUAUGCGAACGCACUUUCUUAUCAUGAAAAAGCACUGGAAAUCCACCAAAAAACUCUUCCUUCAAAUGAUCGAUGUUUAGCCACUUCUUACAGCUAUAUAGGCUGGGUUUAUAUAAGCAUGAGUGACUAUUCGAACGCAUUGUCAUCUUAUCAAAAAGCACUGGAACUUCGUGAAAAAGAUCUUUCGUCAAAUCAUCCUCAAUUAGCUACUUCGUACAACAAUGUUGGUUCGGUGUAUAACAAAACAGGUGAUUAUGCGAAUGCACUCUCAUAUUAUCAAAAAGCACUUGAAAUCAACCAAAAAUGUUUCUCUUCAAAUCAUUUUCGAUUAUCUUCCUCCUACAAAAACGUUGGCUCUGUGUAUGAAAGCAUGGGUGACUAUUUGAAUGCACUGUCAUCUUAUCAAAAAGUACUGGAGAUUCAUCAAACCAUUUUCCCUCCAGACCAUCCUCAAUUAGCCAUUUCUUACGACAACCUGGGUUCAGUGUAUAACAAGAUGAAUGACUAUUCAAAUGCAGUUUCAUUGUAUCAAAAAGUAUUGGAAAUUCGUCAAAAUACUCUUCCUUCAAACCAUUCUCAAUUAGCUAACUCUUACAACAACAUUGGUUCAGUCUAUAACAAUAUGGGCGACUAUUCGAAUGCAAUUUCAUCCUAUCAAAAAGUACUGGAAAUCUGUGAAGCGACUCUUCCUUCAAACCAUCCUCAUUUAGCUACUUCUUACAGUAGUCUUGGUUCUGUGUAUGACAAAAUGAACGAUUAUUUGAAUGCACUGUCAUGUUAUGAAAAAGUAUUGAAAAUUAAGCGAAGCUUUCUUCCUUCAAAUCAUCCUGAUUUGGCUACUUGUUACAAGAACAUUGGUUCAGUUUAUACCCACAUGGGUGACUUUGCGAAGGCAUUCUCAUUUUAUCUAUGUUCAGAGAUUAUUUCUCAACAUUCAGUACAUUAA